UUAUUGUAUAGCCAGAGAGCGAAAAAGAGAGACAGGAAAUCAGUCCUAACCUAUCUUUCUUCUCGUAUUCUAUCAGAUUGCACGUAAUUUGAGAUUUGACAGUGGAGUCAAAACCAGAGAUUAGAACAGAAAAAUUUCAAGAAUUUGUUCGAAUGAACGAAUGAAUGAAAAUGGAUUAUUUGAGUGUACAAUUAAUGGAUGAUAUUGUCUUGGACUCAAAAAAAAAACCUAACACCUCCAGCAAUGAUGCUGUGGAGCAUUUAUCAAAAUUUCCACGAAAAUUAUCAAAAUUAGAUGUCAACAAUCAACCAAAACCUGCAGUCCGCUGUAAAGUAGAACUUCAAACUCUUCGAAUAUCAGAGGAAUCCGAAAGACAAUUGUACGAAACUCUAAAACAAAUUUAUGGAGAUUCAUUCAAAUUGAGUGAUGCCUCACAUUAUCAGAACAAGAGAACGAAUCUAGGUAAACAGUAUUGGAUGGAGCGAGGUGAUCUUGUGAUAAGAGGAGUUGUUGAUUAUUCAUCUAGAGAAGCUGCACCAAAAACUCAUGCACAAUUAACUAAACACUUUGCAACGUCGAAAUUGGAAAGCUACAGUUAUUAUUCACUCCACUGUGCUGAAGCCCUUGAUCACACGGAUGGUGACGUAGGAAAGGCCUUGGAGAUUCUUUUUGAAAAGUAUUACAGGGUUCAUGAUCUUUCAAAAAUCUGUGGUGCACAAGAUUUUGAUGUGAACGAUCUGUUGAGUGUGAGAGAGGAGGAGAAAUGUGCGCUUGAAGCCAUUUACGGAGACUCAUUUGUCCAAACGAUUAAAAAUCGAUUAUGGACUGUUACCCUUAAGUUAGAUUACUUGAUUGAUAAGUAUGAUAAGGAAGCUGCCGUUGAGAGUAAACCAAAGACACCAAGUAAACAUGUUUGCAGAUUAUUUUUGACUGGGAAGUGUAGGUUUGGAGCCAAAUGCAGAUUUUUACAUCAACAACCUGAAUCUCUGAAACACGCUAAGAAAUUUGUAGAACCGGACCCUUCUUUCACUUUAGAAAUCAGAUUUCCAGAGGAUUCAAAAUAUCCGUACGAGGCACCGUUUUUUUACUUCUACAAAACAGAUCUGUCCUAUCCGAGUGAAGUGUGCCUCGUCAUUUGCAAAAAACUUUACGAAGAUGCUAUCCUCAGAACUCCAAAUGGUGAACCUUGCAUUUUUGAACUAAUUUCGAUUCUCGAAAACUCCGAAGAAAUGAAGGAUUAUCUCGAAAACACCAAGCCGAGCUUCAUCUCCAAACAUGAUUCUCUUUUCUCAAAAAGUACAGAUGACACCUCGAACAACCUAGCGAGUCAUCACCAAAAAGGCUCAACAAAUCGUUCAAAUAAGGAUAAAAUAUCCUUGGAAGAGAUCCAACGGCAAGACGAAAUAAUUUGUCAAAAAUUCAUGGAGAAGCUGAAAAAUUCCCGGUACCUGAAGAUGAAAGAAUCGAGGAGGAAAUUACCAGCAUGGUCAAUGAUGACUGAAGUGCUGGAGGCUAUUGAGCAGAAUCAAGUGACCAUAAUCUCCGGAGAAACUGGUUGUGGAAAAAGUACCCAAGUGCCUCAGUUUAUUCUGGACGACUGGAUCAUCAAUCGAAAUGUUAGUGGAGCGCACAUUGAGAUAAUAGGCACUCAACCAAGAAGAAUAAGUGCAAUAGGAGUAGCAGACAGGGUAGCCGCUGAAAGGGAUGAAAGAGUUGGUCAAACAGUUGGCUAUCAAAUAGCAUUGGAGAGCAAGAUGUCUGUUUGGACUCGUUUGACCUUUUGCACCACUGGAAUCCUCCUUCAACGGUUAUCUAGUGACCCCCACUUGAAGACCAUAACCCAUGUAAUCGUAGAUGAAGUACACGAGCGUAGUGCUGAUUCAGAUUUCCUGUUGAUGCUCCUUCGAGAAAUUCUCCCCUACAGGUCAGAUCUGAGAAUUAUCCUGAUGAGUGCAACCUUAAAAGCCGAGUUAUUUGCCAGUUACUUCAAGGGACCACCAAUUUUGGACAUCCCUGGAAGGACUUUUCCGGUGAAACCAUUUUUUUUAGAAGAAAUUCUCCAAAAAAUCAACUAUGUUUUCGAAGAGAAUUCUGAGUAUGCUAGAAAAAUCAAAGGUGGAUGGGACCAAGUAGAAAUUGGGUUGGCAUCAGCCGACCUUGAAUCACUGUCUUCCGUAUCUCCAAGGAACACACUUUUGGAUGGCAAUCUGAAUUUAGCACAACUCAUCGGAAGGUAUCCUGGACUCUCCAUGCAAACAUACAAAAACCUUUACGUUAUGGAUCAAGAGAAAAUUAAUUACGACCUUUUGGAGAAGAUUUUGGAAUGGAUUAUUGAUGGAGAUCAUGAUUAUCCUCGAGAGGGCUCUAUUUUAGUUUUUCUUCCAGGAUUGGCAGAAAUCACCACCUUGAGAGAUGUCCUCAACCACAAUUCUGUUCUUUCUUCCCGGGCAGGGAGAUGCAGGAUACUUCCACUGCACUCGUCUCUCUCGACUGAAGAGCAAAAUCUAGUCUUUGAGAAAGUUGACCCAAGAGUUCGAAAAAUUGUUUUAAGCACGAAUAUAGCUGAAACUUCAGUGACCAUCGAUGACUGUGUGUUUGUCGUGGAUACAGGUCGAAUGAAGGAGACUCGAUUCAAUAGCAAUCAGAACAUGGCUAGUUUAGAUACUUGCUGGAUAUCUCGUGCAAAUGCAAUGCAGAGGAAAGGUCGUGCUGGGAGAGUGAGGCCGGGUGUCUGUAUACACAUGUAUACAUCACACAAAUUACAACAUCACCUACUCCCCCAACCCAUUCCAGAAAUCUUGAGGAUUUCCCUGGAACCUUUGUUAUUAAAAAUUUUGAAAAUGAACCUUGGGAAUAAUAUAAAUGUUUAUGAAAUUCUCAACAGAAUUUUGGACCCUCCACAGCAACUAAGUAUUUCAGAUUCAAUCGUAAGACUUCAAGAUGUUGGAGCUAUUGAUUUAGAAUUGAAUUUGACACCCCUGGGGCAUCAUUUGGCAACUCUUCCUGUGGAUGUACGCAUUGGCAAGCUAAUCCUUUAUGGUGUAGUCUUCUGCUGUCUUGAUUCAGCUUUGACAAUAGCAGCUUGUUUGUCUCACAAGAGUCCUUUCUCUUCGCCUUUUGAGAAACGACAUCAGAUUGACGCUAAGAAGAAAGAAUUCACUACGGCAUUCAGUGAUCAGUUGACAACUUUAAAGGCCUAUAAAAAAUGGCUGGAGAUGUCUGCCAGGGGAUUCAAAGCUGGCUUGACUUUCGCAAAGGAAAAUUAUCUAUCUGUCCGAACUCUGCAGACUCUGGCUGAUAUGAAACACCAGUUUCUAGAGCUACUCAUUGGAAUUGGAUUCGUCCCUAUUGAUGCCAAGAAGAGGACCACUGGCGUUGAUAAGGUUCUCGAGUUCACUGGAGUCGAACUUAAUGCAAACAAUGAAAAUUACAAACUCCUUCAAGGGUUAUUGUGCGCUGCACUUUAUCCCAAUGUCGUUAGAAUUUGCACUCCAGAAAAGUCAUUCCAAGUUCAGUCCUCAGGUGCUAUUCCCAGGCAGCCUAAAGCUGAAGAGUUAAGAUUUGAAACGAAAAAUGACGGUCUUGUUUUCAUCCAUCCGUCUUCAGUAAAUUUCUCCAUUGGACACUUCCCCAGCCCCUAUCUCGCCUUCCAAGAGAAAAUUAAAACCAGCAAGGUUUACAUCAGAGACGUCUCCAUGGUCUCAAUGCUACCUCUGGUUCUGUUUUCUGGAUAUGGAGUUAACAUCGAACAGCACAAUGGAACCUUCAUCUUGUCUCUCGCUGAUGGUUGGAUUCUCUUCAAAGUUGAGACACAUACUGUUGCGCAGCUUCUUCAAAAUAUGCGGACAGAACUUGUUAAACUUCUUGAACUGAAAAUGCAGGAUCCUCUACUUAAUCUUUUGAAUCAUCAAAAUGGGAGGAAGAUCAUCGCAACUAUUAUCAAUGUUUUAACAAACGAUUAAAAGGUGCUGAUUUAUGUGAACAAGUUUAUCCACGAAAUUUAGUUAAUUUUUCACCUUAGGGCAACCUUGUUCAAUUCUUCGUUUGGCUUCCUUUUGUUCUCAGCAAUUUAUUGUAAGUUAUCGUAAAGACCAGGCCGACUUUUAGAAUACGACACUGCCUCUCUAGAUUGGCCUUAAGAUUAUAUAUGUAAAAAUUUUACAAUAACGUUAUUUUGAUAUUGUUGACCAAGGUUAUAACGAAAUAUAUAUUUUUAUCAAUAAUAACAA